GGCGGUUAACAACUCAUGCACAAACCGCCAUUCACACGAAGUAUGGAGAAUGAAGCAUCUCCCCCCCCAGUCGUCCACCAGCCCCCUCCUCUGUCCUCUCCCGCUCGUCGCCACACGUCCCCAGACAAAGCCAAUUCGUCGAAGCGCUUCCGUUUGACCAAGCGUGCGUCCGACUACCUCGUUCGCGCCGCCGCCCAACCCAGUGCCGCCCCCAGCAGUGUGAUCCAAGCGAAACUCAUCCGCGGCGACUACCACACCGAUGUCGAGCGCAUGGCUAAAGCAGUCGUGGCGCUCGAAAAGAACCGACUUCUAGCGUCCAAGAGCGCGCGGCGGAGUGAAAUGCGGCACGCGGACGUGACAUGCAGUGCGUGGAGCCCCGAGGACCGACACCAAGCCCUUCACCAGACAUUUGUCGCGCAUCUUCUGGACGGGAUCAAAUUGCAGCUGUUGAACGUUCGAGUUCGAUCAAAGAAACCGACGGUUGUGUACGGCAACGACACCCUCACGACGCUUAAGUGGGGGGCGACCCCCGCUCGGAAACCGUCGGUGACCGAGUUUGCUCGUGGGGGGACUCAUACGUUGCAUUUCAUGGACGUUGUGUCCAUCGCCCCCUGGUCGAAUACGCUGCCGCCGUCGUUUGCCCUCAAGUACAAGCAUUUAUUGAGCACAAAGGCUGGUGGUGAAGUCCAACAGGAGAGCGCCACGUCACCCCCCGACGCUGGGGGUGGCGGCUUGCACACCGUUUUGAUCGUGUACAUACAUGCAACGAAACGCGCCAAGGAAAAGCAACUGCUGAUUCAAGUCCAAGGCAUGGAAGAGCAAACUCAACUGGUCGAUUCGUUCUCGAAAUUGGUGGCCAUAGCCAAGAAAAAGUGAGGAGCCUUUCCACUUUGUGGGUUGGGGCCUCUGGGCGUCGUAGUACCCGAGCAAGUGAAAUGUUCACCGCUAACGGCAACUACUGGCGGUGAUGGCAGCAAUGAACAUGCCAUUGCAACGGGUGAAUGCCACAGUUUGGAACGGAUAGAUCAAGACUUGGGGGCAUCAGACGACGUCGUCGCCACCUCGACAUGAGAUGAUGUAGGGGUGGGUAUACCCCACCUCCUAUGUAACCCUCCUCCUAGUGGAGUGUGAAUAUAAUUUGCUUGGAUGCUCAAUA